CAAAUAAAUGAAAAAAAUUCUACUAAAUUAAUUCCAGAAAAAAAACAAUGGACAAAAUCUAAUAGUGUUAAACAUAAAACUAAACCUACAAAUAUAGAUUUAGAUAAAGCAGAAAGAAAAUUAGCAAUUCGUGAAAAAGAAAUUGCUUUGGAAGAAC